AAAAAGAAGGGAUCCUCUUAUCCUCUGAGCGUUAGCCAAAGGGCCCUUCGUAGUGGCAAUGCCGCUAGCGGAGGAUGCGCUGUUACACAAGUUUGGAAUCAGUAAACCGGAGUGUCCCGGGUUUUGCCGUGCUUCCCCUGGGUUACCGUGACCAUUGCUCUACGUUGCUCGUACCCUUGAAUAAGUGCCGACGUACCAACAACUAUGCUCCUUGGGAAUGUGAACAUGAAAGACAUGCGUAUGAAAAGUGCCAAUAUGAUGACUACAUACGCCGAAUGAAAGCCCUGUCGAAGCAGAAGCUCCAAGCGUUGAGUGGGGAAGAAAGCUAAACAUCACUCGCAUUAUUACAACAUCGUGGAGCCAUUCCCCUGUGUACUAAUUAUGCCCUGGAUGUCUGCCAUUGACUUAUAGCCUCUGCUACUUUCGACCGAAUCGUCUCCGCUGUUUGACUUUUCCCAUAUGCAUCGACGAAUUCUCCCGCUGGAUUCAUAAGGUAAAAA